CGUUGUAUUGAUAGUGUGGUACGCAAAUCGUCCGAUAGGGUACGAAUACCGACCGAUACAUGCUAUUUUAAUUGUGAAAUCGAGAAAUAAAGGUAUCAAAAUUGUAGAAUUUUGGGGUCAUUUUAAAAAAGUGUAAAAAUGUCUACAAUUGCAAGAAAUUUCCGCUCAAUCGCUGUUAGGUCGCUUCGUAUAAGGUCGUACUCCAGGCCUGCCAUUGUAGGACUCCAGCGCCUGCAAAGUCAAAACGUUGAUAGACCUCAAACAGAUCUAAUAUCAAAACAGAGGCUGUCUGUGCCACUAGUGAGGAGUUACAGCGCGAAACCGCCCCUAACUUUAGACUUUAUAUCAGAACGUGUUUUAUUGGUACUUCGUCUUUACGACAAAGUCGAUCCUUGUAAGCUCAGUUUGGAGUCGCACUUUAUGAACGACCUCGGUUUGGACUCCUUAGAUCAUGUUGAAGUUAUAAUGGCGAUUGAGGACGAGUUCGGCUUUGAAAUACCCGAUAUGGAUGCAGAAAAAUUGCACCGACCUAAGGAUAUUGUUAGAUACGUCGCGGAUCGAGAAGAUGUUUAUGAGUAGAGAGUUAAGGCUUUUUUAAAUCUGUCAGAAUUAUUUAAUUAUUAAAUAACAUGUACUGUUCAUGUUUUGUAAAUUUAGUAGUGUCCGAAUGUGACUAAAUUUGUUCCUUUA